CAGAGUCUGCGCAAAACGAACACGUCUCGUGGACGCGCUGCUUGUGCUGUCACGAGCCUUGUCCAAGGCUACCGAGUAGUGAAUUGACAUAAAUUAUUGACGACAUCGAAUUGCCUUCGUUUAGCCAUCGGACAUACGCCAUUAUUGGAAUAGAUACAUUGUGGGAAUACGAUGGUAUGCUGACUGAUCACAGUCAACUGGUGAUGUUUUCCAAGAUUUGAUAUAGCUAGCUAGCCAGCUAACGUUAGCUGUUUAGCUAGCUUGCGUGCGUGACACACUGACAGAGUCAGAGAUCAGACUGAGUGGCAUUUUUUUGGCAUUGUGCUUUUUCUCUGAUAUCUGGAUAUAUAACGUUAAUAUAUUUAGCGGGUAGAUGUAGUUAGUUACAACUGCGUGUACUUUAACCGUCAUCUCGUCGUGAACGAAGAGAAGGUUUGAAUGAAUUUGCUAGCCAGCGGAAACGUCGGCUAGUUAACACGGAUACACUUGGAGUAACCCAUACGGCUAGUUUGCUGAAUUGAUCAACGGCACUGUCAUCCAAACUAGCCAAUCGACAUUGCUAGCAAGCUAUUAUAAACCUGCUAUCUUUGGUAAAACGCCAAGGAACAUAAACGGUUAAAAGUUGGUUAGCUGGCUAACUAGCUAGGAAACAAGCUAACACACCCUGCACUGUAACACCUAAACGCCAGCUGACGUUUGAUAGCUGACCAUCGACAAUUCAUUUUUUUACGGGAAAGGCCGGAGUGAGGACAGAAACCAGCAAAAAUGCCGGCUGUGUCGAAGGGAGAUGGGAUGCGCGGAUUAGCGGUGUUCAUUUCGGACAUACGGAAUUGUAAGAGCAAGGAGGCAGAGAUCAAGCGGAUCAAUAAGGAGCUGGCCAACAUCCGCUCCAAGUUCAAGGGGGAUAAGGCACUGGACGGCUACAGUAAGAAGAAGUAUGUCUGCAAGCUGCUCUUCAUCUUCCUGCUGGGACAUGACAUCGACUUUGGACACAUGGAGGCUGUCAACCUGCUCAGCUCCAACAAGUACACAGAGAAACAGAUCGGCUACCUGUUCAUCUCGGUGCUGGUGAACAGCAACAGCGAGUUGAUCCGCCUCAUCAACAACGCCAUCAAGAACGACCUGUCUAGCCGCAACCCCACCUUCAUGUGCCUGGCCCUGCACUGCAUCGCCAACGUGGGCAGCCGCGAGAUGGCAGAGGCCUUCGCUGGAGAGAUACCACGCAUUCUGGUGGCUGGGGACACCAUGGAUAGUGUGAAGCAGUCUGCUGCCCUGUGUCUUCUGCGUCUGUACAAGGCCUCCCCAGACCUGGUUCUGAUGGGGGAGUGGACCUCCCGGGUGGUGCACCUCCUCAACGACCAGCACAUGGGUGUUGUCACGGCAGCCAUCUCCCUCAUCACCUGUCUCAGCUCGAAGAACCCAGAUGAGUUCAAAACCUGUGUGUCCCUGGCUGUUUCUCGUCUGAGCAGGAUUGUGUCGUCAGCCUCCACUGACCUGCAGGACUACACCUACUACUUUGUCCCGGCCCCGUGGCUGUCCUGUAAACUGCUGCGCCUGCUGCAGUGCUACCCCCCGCCAGAGGAUGGCGCCGUGAAGGGCCGCCUGGUGGAGUGUCUGGAGACCAUCCUGAACAAGGCACAGGAACCACCCAAGUCCAAAAAGGUGCAGCACUCCAACGCCAAGAACGCCAUCCUGUUCGAGGCUAUCUCACUCAUCAUCCACUACGACAGUGAGCCCAACCUGCUGGUGCGUGCCUGUAACCAGCUAGGUCAGUUCUUGCAGCACAGAGAGACCAAUCUGCGCUACCUGGCUCUGGAAAGCAUGUGUACCCUGGCCAGCUCCGAGUUCUCUCAUGAGGCCGUCAAGACCCACAUCGAGACCGUCAUCAACGCACUCAAGACUGAAAGGGAUGUGAGUGUUCGCCAGAGGGCUGCUGACCUGCUCUACGCCAUGUGUGACCGUAGCAACGCCAAGCAGAUAGUUGCCGAGAUGCUCAGCUACCUGGAGACAGCCGACUACUCCAUCAGAGAGGAGAUGGUGUUGAAGGUGGCCAUCCUGGCAGAAAAGUAUGCAGUGGACUACUCAUGGUAUGUUGACACCAUCCUUAACCUCAUCCGCAUUGCCGGGGACUACGUCAGUGAGGAGGUGUGGUACCGCGUCAUCCAGAUUGUCAUCAACCGCGAUGACGUGCAGGGCUACGCCGCCAAGACUGUCUUUGAGGCGCUGCAGGCCCCAGCCUGUCAUGAGAACAUGGUGAAGGUGGGGGGGUACAUCCUGGGAGAGUUUGGAAACCUCAUCGCCGGGGAUCCCCGCUCCAGCCCUCUGGUCCAGUUCAACCUGCUCCACUCAAAGUUCCACCUGUGUUCGGUGCCCACGCGCGCCCUGCUGCUCUCCGCCUACAUCAAGUUCAUCAACCUGUUCCCCGAGACCAAGGCCACGAUCCAGGAGGUGCUUCGCUCCGACAGCCAGAUCAGGAACUCAGACGUGGAGCUGCAACAGAGGGCCGUGGAGUACCUCAAGCUCUCCUCCAUCGCCAGCACCGACGUCCUGGCCACUGUACUGGAAGAGAUGCCUCCCUUCCCAGAGAGGGAGUCAUCCAUCUUGGCCAAGCUGAAGAAGAAGAAGGGUCCGGGUGCCGUGUCGGUGGAGCUGGAGGACGGCAAGGAGAGAGGAGAGCUCAACGGUGGAGGGGACAGGGGGGGCGACGCUGCCAUCGCAGCCUCUAACGCUUCCACACCCUCCCCUUCAGCGGAUCUGCUUGGCCUGCGUUCGACUGCUCCUGUUAGUGGGGCCACUCCCAGUGCAGGCAGCCUAUUGGUUGAUGUGUUUUCAGAGGCGGGGCCUUCUGCCACUUCUGCUGGCGUGAACGACGACGGCUUCCUGAGCGCUCUUCACGCUCCCGAGGCCUCUGACUCCCCAUUGGUGGAGGGUCCUGGUGACUCUGACUCUGCUCCCCCUACUGUGGCCUCUGAGGAUCCUGCCCCUCCUCUGCCCGAGUCAGACGAGCUUCUCAACAAAUUUGUGUGUAAGAACAACGGUGUGUUGUUUGAGAACCAGCUGCUUCAGAUCGGCAUCAAGUCUGAGUACCGCCAGAACCUGGGGAGGAUGUAUCUGUUCUAUGGCAAUAAAACCUCGGUGCAGUUUGUCAGCUUUAACACCACAGUCAGCUGUCCAGGGGAGCUGCAAUCUCAGCUCAACGUGCAGACCAAAACAGUGGAACCCCUAGUGGAGGGAGGAGCACAGGUGCAGCAAGUCAUCAAUAUCGAGUGUCUGACCGACUUCAUUGAUGCUCCGCUGCUCAACAUCAAGUUCAGGUAUGGGGGAGCCCUGCAGAAUAUCUCUCUCAAGCUGCCUGUCACCAUCAACAAGUUCUUCCAACCCACAGAGAUGGCCGCCGCAGACUUCUUCCAGCGCUGGAAACAACUCAGCCAGCCCCAGCAAGAAGCACAAAAGAUCUUCAAGGCCAGUCAUGGCAUGGACACAGAAGUGCUCAAGGCCAAGUUGCUGGGCCUGGGGACAGCCCUGUUGGAGAAUGUGGAUCCUAACCCAGAGAACUAUGUGUGUGCUGGAGUCAUCCAGACCAAGGCCCAACAGGUCGGCUGUCUGCUGAGACUGGAACCCAAUGCGCAGGCCCAGAUGUACCGGCUGACUCUGCGCAGCAGCAAGGACACUGUUUCCCAGCGCGUCUGUGACCUCCUGGCAGAACAGUUCUGAAUCCCUGAGUCUAGAACUCACCCAACGCGCUCCAGGCCAUCAUCACCACGCUCUAGAGGCCCAACACACAGAGACCAGUGUUUCAACACCCCCACCCCAACAAAGAAUCAACGAGAAGAAAGAAAUAUACCUACAUAAGGGAAAAAAAGCAGCCGUUGCCACUUGCACGACUGCCCUAUUAUUAAUGUCAUUUAUUAUUUUUGUCAUGAUUAUAAUUCCGAUUCUUAUUGUUAUUACUGUUUAUUAUCAUUGGCGCAACAAUUCUUGUUUUUUUUCUGGUGUUUACCCGUGCGUGCGUGUGUGUCCUGUUCUUCUCCGUCCUGUCUGUUUAAGCCCUGAGUACUUGUGAUGACAGCUGGUACUUGUGUGAUGCAUGGGGGGAGGGUGGAAGAAUCUGUGCGUUGAUUCCGCGACAUUUCAACCUUAGACUAUUCCUGGGAGUUCUACACACACACACACAUGUAAUACACACCCAGAUACUCUCACAUGUAGGCAGAUACAUAUAUUUGUACAUGCUUAAGUGUCCGUGUAAAGUAUCUGUAUAGGGUCCUCCUUUAGUUGGAGGGAGGGGUAAAACGAAAUCACUAAAUAAAUGGGACUCUUCUGUGUAAGGGUCCAAAAUGACACUCUAAACCCCCACCUUCACCCCAAACCCAUCUCUUCUCCACCCUCUGCUGUCCCAGUCCCCCACCGGUUAUACAUUCCAAGGUCCUCUAUCAGUAUAAUCCCUGAGAUAUAAUAUUCCUUAAAAAAAUCUCCGGCACAUUCCCAAGUCUACAGUUCCAGCUUUAUUCCAGUGGAAAUGGCCAGUGCACUUUAGGUGGUUCUAAGAGACCUCAGUCCUUCAAUACCCCUCAAACACAUACACAUACCACCCCUCUCCCACUUCCCCUGUCUUUCUGGUGUGUAACCAUACUUUCUACAUAAACUCAAAUGAUUAUGUACCUGUUCAUGGAAUAUAUAUAUAUAUAUAUAUAUAUAUAUAUAUAUAUAUAUUUAAAAAAAAAAGAAGAAUGUAAUUACUUUAUCUUUUUUGUCAUCUUUUAUUAGUAGUGGAGUUAUUGACGUGUUUGUUUCUUUAAUGGUGUAAUGUUGUGUUGCUUUGUGUGUGUGUGUGUGUGUGUGAGAGAGAGAGCGAGAGUAGGGCUAGCCGUGUGUACCCUGCGAAUAGGGUAGAGGGGUCAGCUCGAAGGAGAGCGAGAUUGAGGGAGAGAGUAGCAGGGUAGCUGGUCUUGUUUACAGUGUUAAUCAAACAGCGGUGAGGUUGACACUUGACUUAAACCUGUCAUAAAGCCUACUUACCACCAUUGUAAUUACCUGUUUAUUUCAGAUUAGCAAUGUUUUUUGACACUUGAGGCAGGGAACAUUGGUUGAGAACUGAUAUGGGCUGUUUUACGACAGUUUAUGAAAUGUUUGUCGUGCAUAAGCAAGCAUUGAGCAAGUCCCAUUGAUUGGGAGUUCAGGUGUAGUUGGAAGGAGUUAGAGGGCAGUGGGCCAGUCCGUGUUCACAUGAAGAGUGAAGCAGCAGAGCAGAGGCCUAGUAUUCAUUAUUUUAAUUUUUUCAUGCUGAAAAGAGGGAUGGGAUUGGAGAGUAGAGUGCUGCUUGACACCGUGAUUGACUGAAAAGAGGAGUACCUCAGAACUUGAUCUCUAAACACGCACAGGCUUGUGCACGCACGCACACACACGUCACAAAUACUUACCUUAUGGUAUUAAUUGGGAGAAGAUAGCAAUCUGCAAAUAGAUUGAUUAUAAUCUUUGAAAACACAACCAACCACAAAGACACUGGACAGCACUUAUCUGUAAACUCACAUUUCAGACACACGCACCAACAUGUCCAUUCUUAGAGAUGAGAGGGAGGAGAGAACUCAGACCAAUUGUCAAUCACAACUACCAGGAUCUAAUCAUCAGGGGUGGGCAUCGCGUGUGUGUGUGUGUGUGUGUCGGUAUACCACAUGAUAAAAAUAUCCUAAAUUAUCUUUGAGACAUGGUCAUAUUAGUUUCAACAGGAGUCACUUAUAUGUCUAAACCAUGCAACAUUAGUGGGACAGUCUGAUCAUUGUAGUGGAAACUGUAGAAUAAUUUUGUGUGUGUGUGCAGUAUCCGCUAGCUAAUGCAGCCCUGUGUAUCAGUGUUAAACCUGUGAGAUACCUGUGUUAGAUUUAAGAUUUACUCUGUACUGAAUAAUGUGAAAGUAAAACUAUGCCAUAUACUCUA